AUGCCGCAAGCUGACGACAAGGAGUACGUGGGCUUCGCCACGCUGCCCAACCAGGUCCAUCGGAAAUCCGUGAAGAAGGGCUUCGACUUCACCCUCAUGGUGGCAGGGGAAUCCGGGCUGGGCAAGUCCACCCUGGUCAACAGCCUCUUCCUGACAGACAUGUACAGAGACCGCAAGCUGCUGAAUGCCGAAGAGCGCAUCACGCAGACAGUGGAGAUCACCAAGCACGUGGUGGACAUCGAGGAGAAGGGUGUCAAGCUGCGCCUGACCAUCGUGGACACGCCGGGCUUUGGUGAUGCUGUCAACAACACUGAGUGCUGGAAGCCAGUGGCUGACUACAUUGACCAGCAGUUCGAGCAGUAUUUCCGUGAUGAAAGUGGCCUCAACCGGAAAAACAUUCAGGACAACCGCGUCCACUGCUGCAUUUACUUCAUCUCACCCUUUGGCCACGGGCUCCGGCCCCUGGACGUGGAGUUCAUGAGAGCCUUGCACCAGCGGGUGAACAUUGUGCCUGUGCUGGCCAAGGCUGACACCUUGACCCCCGCUGAGGUGGAGCGCAUGAAGAACAAGAUCCGGGAGGAGAUUGACCACUACGGCAUUCGCAUCUACCAGUUCCCCGAGUGCGACUCGGAUGAGGAUGAGGAGUUCAAGCUACAGGACCAGGCGCUGAAGGAGAGCAUCCCCUUCGCCGUCAUCGGCAGCAACACGGUCGUGGAGGCCAAAGGCCGGCGCGUCCGCGGGCGCCUCUACCCCUGGGGCAUUGUGGAAGUGGAGAACCCAUCCCACUGUGACUUCGUGAAGCUGCGGACGAUGCUGGUGAGGACCCACAUGCAGGACCUCAAGGACGUGACGCGGGAAACCCACUACGAGAACUACCGCACGCAGUGCAUCCAGAGCAUGACCCGCAUGGUGGUGAAGGAGAGGAACCGCAACAAGCUGACACGGGAGAGUGGAACGGACUUCCCCAUCCCCGUCAUUCCCCCAGUGCCGGACGCGGAGACGGAGAAGCUCAUCCGGGAGAAGGACGAGGAGCUGCGGCGGAUGCAGGAGAUGCUCCAGAAGAUCCAGAAGCAGAUGAAGGACUCACACUAG